AAGUUAAAGUACAUCCGUAGAAACUUCUCAAAGAUUAGCUCAAAUCGGGAAUUCCGUAUAAUUUAUACACGUUUCACGACCUUCGAAUGCGUUGAUCGGGUUGACACAAGUGCAAUUCCAGUAAACGAAUUCACUGAAAAAACAAUGUGAUUAAGAUAAAAAUAACACGACUGUCAGAGCAGAUGUAUGUACUUAUUAAUAUUAUAUUUAGCGCGCAUUUUAACGAUUUCAUUUUUCUAAGUAAAAUAAAAUUCAUUCGAUCGAUUCACUCUAUAACCAAAAGACUAAAAAUUGAGUCAAACUGUACCAGUGAUUCUAAUCGCCUAAAUUCACACCGUACCUCAAAGUCUUCGCGAUAAUUAAACUCUCAAUAUGGCAGUUGGUGAUUAAAAUUUAUGAUUAACAAAAAUUACACCCGAAAAACGGCAGUAUUUAACCUGACUGCUGAUGCUUAGUUUUUGAAGCGUUGCGUUAAAAUGGAUCCAGUCAUAAUAGCGCAUGGCGGAAUAGAAUUUCGGCAUUCUGGAUCAUUGACUAGCCGUAAACAAGUCGCACUAAACAACGCGGUUGUUCAGGGAUACGCCGCAAUUUGUAACGGAAAACCGUCAGUCGAGGCGGUUGAAAUGACGAUAAGUAUCCUGGAAGAUGAUCGACACUUCAAUGCUGGCUACGGAUCAGUUUUAAACGCUGAUGGUGAGGUCGAACUUGACGCGGGAAUGAUGAACGGCACAACCCUGAAGGUCGGUUCCGUCGGUGCGAUUAAGGACGUUGAUCAUCCGAUAACGCUUGCGAAGUACGUGAUGGAGUUGACCGAGCAUUCGUUACUGGUUGGCAAGGGGGCGCGAAAAUUUGCAGCGGGAUUAAAAGUUCCGAAGCUUUUUCGCGGCAGCCUCGCGAAUUUCCACCUCCAAUCAAGAGAUAGAUGGGAUACCGGAACUCCGGAAUCUUGCACUGUUGGUGUGGUCGCUAUCGACGCCGAGGGACGAUGCACCGCCGGAUCUUCUUCCGGUGGCGGAAGUGGCAAGAUGGCGGGAAGAGUCGGUUCCUCGGCGAUAGCCGGUGCCGGUUUUUACGCCGAUUCGUCGAUUGGCGGCUGCGUCGCUACCGGACACGGAGAAUCCAUAAUGCAGUCCUGCCUCUGCUUCAAUCUUGUCGAUCAAAUGUCGCUCCAGGCAAAAUCCGGGCAGUUGGCAAUGCUGGCGGUUAAGAAUGUCGUCGAAGCCGCCACCAGGCGAUUCAAAAAAUCAGUUGGAAUCGUCGCCUUGGAUUGUGACGGAGAAUUUGGCGUCGCUUUUUCUGCGCCCAGAAUGCCUUGGGCCUACUGUCGCCGAGGGAAAUUGCGAUUCGGUGCAGAAUCCGGCGAAAAUUACGUCAAAGAUGUGACAGAGGGGUCUAACAUAUCGGUAGACGUUAUCUGACGGAGUUUUUCCCAGCACCUACUGAUGCUACUUGGACGGAUUUCUUCCCACGCGUCAUUGACCC